UGGGAAAGUUGUAAGAUGGCGGCGCCUAUAAGGCGGACUGUGUUAGGGGUGGCGAGAGGCUGGCGGCGUUUCGAGGGCCCCUGGCCCCGUAGCCUGGGUUCUCGCAGCCUGGCUGCCGCCGCGCCCUCGAGCAGCGGGUCUCCAUGGCGCCUGAUGGGCGCGUUGUGCCUGCAGCGGCCACCUCUGGUCUCGAAGCCGCUGACCCCCUUGCAGGAAGAGAUGGCGGCUCUGCUGCAGCAGAUCGAGAUAGAGAGAAGUCUGUAUUCAGACCAUGAGCUUCGUGCUUUGGAAGAAGCCCAGCAACUGGAAAAGAGGAAAAGUGACCUUUAUGAAGAAGAAGAAGAUGAGCAAAAUAUAUUGCUGGCUCAAGAUUUGGAAGACAUGUGGGAGCAGAAAUUCCUACAGUUCAAACCUGGGGCUCGAAUAACAGAAGCCGAUGAAAAGAAUGACCAAACCUCAUUGCACCGCAAACUGGACAGGAACCUUAUUCUGUUGAUAAAAGAGAAGCUUGGAGACCAGGAUCUGUGGAUGCUGCCACAGGCAGAGUGGCAGCCCGGGGAGACUCUGCGACAAACAGCUGAGCGAAGCCUAGUGAACCUCUCAGAAAACAACAUGGAAGCCAAGUUCCUGGGAAAUGCACCCUGUGGCCACUACAAGUUCAAGUUCCCCCAGGCAGUGCGGACAGAGAGCAGCCUUGGGGCCAAAAUAUUCUUCUUUAAAGCACUACUACUAACUGGAGACUUUUCCCAGGCCGGGAAGAAGGGCCACCAUGUAUGGGUCAGUAAGGAGGAGCUGGAUGACUAUUUGAAACCAAAAUACCUGGCCCAGGUUAAGAGGUUUCUCUUGGACCUCUGAUGGACUGAGCUGCCUGUGGUCAGUGCUCGGAUGGGUCUGCGGUUUGGCCUGAAGAACGGAUGUCGUGGGGUUGCCUCAUCUUUGCAGAGAAUGUCAAGCGGCAAACUAAACUCUGAGAAAUAAACGAGUUUAUUAUUGUGU